CGAACGGAUCACACACAAAAACUUGAAAUAAAAUGACAACGCAGGCAAAAAUUGUUGAAGAAUUAGAAUUUCCAUAUUGCGAAAAUGCCAGUGAGAAAUAUGAGAAACUCACUAAAAUCGGUCAAGGAACUUUUGGAGAAGUAUUCAAAGCCAGGGAUAGAAAAACUAAACGAAUAGUUGCCAUGAAAAAGGUUUUGAUGGAAAAUGAAAAAGAAGGGUUUCCAAUCACAGCUUUAAGGGAGAUCAGAAUUCUGCAGUUAUUAAGCCAUGAAAAUGUUGUAAAAUUAAUUGAGAUUUGUCGAAGUAGAGCUGGUGCUUACAACAGAUUUAAAAGUACAUUCUAUCUCAUCUUUGAGUUCUGUGAACAUGAUUUGGCCGGUUUGCUGAGUAAUGUCAACGUUAAAUUUACGCUUGCUGAUAUCAAACGCGUCAUGCAACAGUUAUUGAAUGGAUUAUACUUCAUUCAUCACAACAAAAUCUUACAUCGAGAUAUGAAAGCUGCAAAUGUUUUGAUUACCAAAAAUGGCAUCCUUAAACUUGCUGAUUUUGGAUUGGCGCGAGCUUAUGGCGGCAUGACUCAAAAGGGUGCUCAGAAAUACACCAAUAGGGUAGUGACCUUGUGGUACCGGCCUCCCGAAUUGUUGCUAGGGGAAAGAGUUUAUGGGCCAGCGAUAGAUGUGUGGGGCGCUGGGUGCAUCAUGGCAGAAAUGUGGACCAGAAGUCCCAUAAUGCAAGGCAACACAGAGCAACAUCAAAUUACCCUGAUCAGCCAUUUGUGUGGGUCGUUAACACCGGAUGUGUGGCCUGGAGUUGAAAAGCUAGAUCUCUACGACAAACUAGAAGUCCCUAAAGGGCAGAAACGUUUGGUGAAAGAAAGGUUAAAGCCUUACGUCCGAGACCAGUUUGCUUUGGAUUUGUUGGACAAAAUGCUGUAUGUUGAUCCAUCGAAACGAAUCGAUUGUGAUACAUCGCUGAAUCACGAUUUUUUCUGGGAAGAUCCAGCCCCUUCGGAUUUAUCUGUGAUGUUGUCGAGGCACAACCAAUCAAUGUUUGAGUACCUGGCGCCACCUAGGAGGCGUGGUCACAUUCCACAGCAACAGCAAGCUCGUCCACCUACUGACCAACAUUUUGAACGAGUCUUCUGAAGCUUGCAGACCAAAAAAAAAUCUUCACAGUGUCAAGUUAUUACGAACUUUGUCUAAUACCUUGACAUCAUUCAGCUUUUUUCUUGUUAUUUGUAUGGAACUUUGAGACCAUUUACUUCUGUAAAUCAAAAUAUGAUUACAAGGCAGCCAAGAACUAAUAGUCGUGGAGGACUCUGAUUGGCUGCAUUUGCUAGAGUACAAUCCGAUCAAAUCACAAACUUCUGUGUUACAACAAAAGAGCAUAAUGUAGUCAAGGUAUUAGAAUGAGUUAGUAAUAGCUUGACAUUGUGAAGAUGACCCAAAAAAUCCUAUGAAUACUUACUUGGGAAUUUGUUUUGGAAUUUAUUUUUGUCUUUUGAGGGAUCAAUGAAUAUAUUUACACCUAGCUUUCUACCUCUUAAUCUAGUGAAUGCUCCUUCUUUGUAUUUGAGGCUUCUAUGAAAGUCAUUUAACGAAAUCUGCUUACAUCUUUAGAGGUAAAUUAUAUGAAAAGG